CAGGAAGCCAUUUUGUUUUUCAGGGUUCUUUGCAAGGAUACUGGGUUGCAACUACUGUUCCUGUUGUCUUGCCUGUCUUCAGCUUCACGAUGUUUCCUCUGGGCAAAAACGUACUGAGUCGUCUCCGAGUUCAAAGUAUUCAGCAGGCAGUGGCAAGGCAGAGCCACCAGAAACGAACUCCUGAUUUCCAUGAUAAGUAUGGUAAUGCUGUAUUAGCUAGUGGAGCUGCUUUUUGUAUUGCUGUAUGGACUUAUACAGCAACACAAAUUGGAGUAGAAUGGAACCUGUCUCCAGUUGGCAGAGUCACCCCAAAGGAAUGGAGAGAUCAGUAAUCAUCUCGACUGGUGUAAUAAUGAGUUGUCUCAACAUCAAGUCAUAAUUUAUGCCAAAUAAAAGCACUGUGUACCCAUUAAAUAUACGAUGUGAUUGAAAACAAUAAAGUAAUUUGAGACUCUCA